UUUCAAGAGACUCCCACAAAAUCCAUAGAUAUCAGCGUAGUGAAGCAGCUGUUAAGACUUUUUUUUCUGCUUCGUUGUUUGGCUUCGUGAUUAUCGUCAGAGAUGGGCAGAAAAUUCUUCGUCGGCGGCAACUGGAAAUGCAAUGGAACCGGGGAAGAGGUCAAGAAGAUAGUGUCUACUCUUAAUGCAGGCGAAGUGCCGUCAGGGGAUGUUGUUGAGGUUGUCGUGAGCCCUCCAUUUGUGUUUCUUCCAUUGGUGAAAAGCACCUUGAAGCCUGAUUUUCAUGUUGCGGCACAAAAUUGUUGGGUCAAGAAGGGAGGUGCUUUCACCGGUGAGAUUAGUGCUGAGAUGCUUGUCAAUUUGGGCAUACCAUGGGUCAUUCUUGGUCAUUCUGAAAGAAGACUUCUGUUGAAUGAAUCAAAUGAGUUUGUGGGAGAGAAAGUUGCCUAUGCACUUUCUAAAGGCCUUAAGGUGAUAGCUUGUGUUGGAGAGACUCUUGAGCAGCGAGAAUCUGGAUCAACUAUGGAAGUUGUUGCUGCACAAACAAAAGCAAUUGCAGACAAAGUAUCAAAUUGGGCUAAUGUUGUCUUAGCCUAUGAGCCUGUGUGGGCUAUUGGAACUGGGAAGGUUGCUACUCCAGCUCAGGCUCAAGAAGUACAUUCUGAAUUGAGGAACUGGUUUCAAGCAAACAUCAGUCCUGAGGUUGCUGCAACAAUCCGAAUUAUCUAUGGAGGUUCCGUCAGUGGUGCAAACUGCAAGGAAUUGGCAGCCAAGCCUGAUGUUGACGGCUUUUUGGUUGGUGGAGCUUCUCUAAAGCCUGAGUUUAUUGACAUUAUCAAGUCCGCCGAGGUGAAGAAAAAUUGCUAAGCUUGGUACGACGAAUGUGUAGCUGAGUGAGACUUUGAAGCUGUGGGUUCAGAAGCUAAAGAGUCCUUUUGAUAAAUAUUUUAAAAAUACUCUUUUUGAGGGAAUAAGUUAUGCGUUUUGUUUCUUGACCAGUGGCUCAGAACUGGAUGUUUUGUGUGAAUUGUUUAAUAAUCUAACAAACAUGCCCUCGAGUUCAGUAGCAUGACUUGUUUAAAUUUGUGGAGUCAUGUCUUGUUCUUUUUUGGAGGAAUUUUCCUUUGGGCUUACAUUAUGGUAAUAUGUCACUGGUUAAGGGGGUUCACCCUCCUCAACCAGGAGAAUGAAUCUCCAAAUAAAGAGGAUUUUUUUCCAUUC